AUGGCUCUCCCUCAACUCCUCCCUUCCCCUUCUUCCUCUUACCUCACCCACCACAACAACCCUCGCUUAAACCCCCAUCACACCCUCUCAUUUUCACUUCACUCAAAAAUCUCUCCUCCCCACCACCUUCGCCGCCGUCACCGGAACUCCACAUCCUCCCUCCGCUGCUCCUCCUCCUCCGAACGACACGAAAACAUCGCAUCCACCAAUUCGAAUGACAUCGUGGAGCUGCCUCUUUUCCCUCUCCCACUCGUCCUCUUCCCCGGCGCCAUCCUCCCUUUACAGAUCUUCGAAUACCGUUACCGUAUCAUGAUGCACACUCUCCUCCAAACCGACCUCCGUUUCGGCGUCAUCUACACCGACGCAACCUCCGGUACGGCCGACGUCGGAUGCGUCGGCGAGGUCGUGAAACACGAACGUCUCGUGGAUGACCGGUUUUUUAUCAUAUGUAAAGGUCAGGAACGUUUCCGCGUGACAAAAAUCGUCCGCACAAAACCCUAUCUUGUGGCGGAGGUGGUGUGGUUGGAGGACCGACCGUCGGGGAACGGGGAAGAGGAUUUAGAAGGCUUAGCAAGCGAAGUGGAGAGCCAUAUGAAGGACGUGAUUAGGUUAUCGAAUCGAUUGAAUGGAAAGCCAGAGAAGGAAGCCGGGGAUUUACGCCGGAAUCUAUUUCCGACGCCGUUUUCGUUUUUCGUGGGGAGUACGUUUGAAGGCGCGCCGAGGGAACAGCAGGCGUUGCUUGAAUUGGAGGAUACGAUGGUGAGGUUGAAGAGAGAGAAGGAGACGUUGAAGAAUACUCUUAAUUAUCUAUCCGCUGCUUCUGCUGUAAAAGAUGUGUUUCCAUCGUCAUCUUCAUGA